UGGUCGAAUCCAACCGACGGAUCACUCGACGGUCGGCUGCGAGAUUAUUACCUGCAUACCAACAUCCAAGAUGGCCGCCGUCGAAGAAUGCGAUCACAAGUAAAUAACUGUUAGACUCGCAGCGCGCUCGCGGGGCCCGCUCGUUUUUCUACGCCCGUCGUCUCUCUAAUUAUUAACGAAAAAGUGAUCGAGGGGAUCCGGCAAAAAGUGCGCGACUUCCGUCCGUUCAUCGCAAGGUGCAUGGUGGUGGUCAGUGGCGAUUCGCGAUCCGCAGUGCGAGGUUAGGAAGAGAGGAGAGUUCCGUAUAGACAAAAGAGACGCAUGCGAUUUGUUUUGCGAUGUGAGACGGUCGAAAAAUCAUGGUGUGUGUGAUGAUCCCGAUCUCGGACGGCCCGGAUUGCUCUCACGAUGUCGCAUCGCGAUUUCACAGAGGUUGAGCCAGAAGGUACCUCUGAACUACCGGCAGCCAGCAGAUCCAUAUUCCUGGAAAAGGUUAGACAAUCUAAUGCGGCAUGUCAGAACGGUGACUUUGCCACAGCCGUUUCACUAUACACGGACGCUCUCCAACUAGACCCGACCAAUCACAUUCUCUACUCCAACCGAUCGGCUGCCAGGUUAAAGCAAGGCUUGUUCACCCAAGCUCUUCAAGAUGCCAUUACCGCCAGGGAUUUAUGUCCCACGUGGCCUAAGGCAUACUAUAGGCAAGGCGUGGCCCUUCAAUGUUUGGGCCGGCACGGCGAGGCUUUGGCUGCCUUCAGCCAGGGCCUCGCCCAGGACGCCAAUUCGCAGCAGCUUUUGGCCGGUUUGGUCGAAGCUUCCGUCAAGUCUCCGUUGAGACACAGCUUGGAGCCGACAUUUCAGCAGCUCGAGCUGAUGAAGCUGGACCAGAGCCCAUUCGUCUUGAUAUCCGUGGUCGGCCAGGAACUUUUAGCGGCAGGACUGUACCAUUCAGCGGUAACGGUUUUGGAAUCUGCAUUGCGAAUUGGAUCGUGUUCCCUUAAAUUAAGGGGUUCAGUCUUCAGUGCGCUCAGCUCCGCCCACUGGGCAUUGAAUCAACUGGACAAAGCUAUAGGUUACAUGCAGCAAGAUUUGGCAAUUGCCAAAAGCUUGGGAGACACCGCCGGAGAAUGCAGAGCUCACGGCAAUUUGGGGUCAGCGUACUUCAGCCAAGGCUCCUACAAAGAAGCGUUAACCGCCCACAGAUACCAGCUUGUUUUAGCUAUGAAGUGCAAGGACACCCAAGCGGCUGCGGCAGCAUUAACAUCGCUCGGUCAUGUUUAUACGGCCAUAGGGGACUACCCCAACGCUCUAGCCUCUCACAAACAGUGCGUCCAGUUGGUGAAACAGAUGGGAGACAAGCUUCAAGAGGCUAGAGAAAUUGGCAACGUUGGUGCCGUAUAUUUGGCAAUGGGUGACUUUGACUCGGCGGUUGAUUGUCACACCCAACACCUUAGGAUAGCUAGACGGCUCGGUAAUCAAGUAGAGGAAGCCAGAGCUUAUAGCAACCUGGGCUCUAGCCACCACUACAAACGAAACUUCACCCAAGCGAUAGUGUUUCACGAAAAAGUCCUGAGGAUUGCUCAAGCGAUUGGGGAUAAGUCGGUAGAAGCUAGAGCGUACGCGGGCCUAGGCCACGCCUCCAGAUGCGCAGGAGACUAUGUGCAAGCGAAACAGUGGCACGAAAGACAAUUAGACGUCGCCCUAGCUACUAGGGAUAAGAUCGGAGAAGGUAGAGCCUGUUCCAAUUUAGGAAUCGUCUACCAAUUGCUAGGGGAAUACGACGCGGCAUUGAAACUGCAUCAGGCGCACUUGUCCAUAGCCAGGAGUCUGCAAGACCGAGCAGGAAUGGGUAGAGCUUACGGCAACAUAGGCAACGCGUAUUCAGCAGUAGGAUUUUAUGAGUCGGCUAUUAAGUAUCACAAACAGGAACUGACCAUCAGCAAGGAAGUGCACGACAGGAGUUCCGAGGCCAGCACCCACGGGAAUUUAGCUGUGGCGUAUCAGGCGUUAGGAGCCCAUGAUAUGGCCUUGUUGCACUAUCGGGCUCAUUUAGGGAUCGCGAGAGAGCUCAAAGACACUGCCGGUGAAGCUUGCGCACUUUUAAACCUCGCUAAUUGCCUAAGUUCACGUUCCGAAUUUCCCGAAGCCAUUCCAUACUACGAGCAAUACUUGAUGUUGUCCCAAGAGCUUAGCGACGUUGAGGGAGAAGCAAAGGCAUGUCAUUUCCUGGGUUACGCUCAUUAUUGCAUCGGUAACUUUAGGGAAGCGGUACGUUAUUAUGACCAAGACCUAGCGCUAGCCAAAGAUUUACAAGACAAAAUGAACAUGGGUCGCGCCUACUGUAACCUAGGCUUGGCACAUUUAGCUCUCGGUCAAUUGGAAACUUCUUUGGAGUGUCAGAAAUACUUCCUGGCGAUCGCUCACAUGACCAACAAUUUAUCCGGGAAGUUUAGAGCCCUGGGCAACAUAGGAGACGUCCUGAUCAAAAUGGGGGAAACGGAAGAGGCUGUGAAAAUGUACCACCGACAACUAGCGUUAGCUAGAAGCAACAGAGAUAGGGGCAUGGAAGCCGCAGCGUGUGGCGCUCUCGGAACAGCGCACAGACUUCUAAAAAGGCUAGAUAAAGCACUGGGCUACCACACCCAAGAGCUGACUCUGCGCCAAGAAAUGUCCGAACUGUCGGGAGAAUGUAAAGCGCACGGUCAUUUGGGAGCCGUUCAUAUGGCUUUGGGAAAUUACACCCACGCGGUGAAAUGUUAUCAGGAACAAUUAGAACGGGCCCAGGAACUACAAGAUUGUGCAGUUGAAGCCCAGGCUUUUGGAAAUCUAGGUAUCGCCAGGUUGAAUAUGAAUCAUUAUGAAGACGCCAUAGGUUAUUUCGAGCAGCAAUUAGCAACCUUGGAGCGGCUGAGUACACCAACUGCGCAGCUUGACAAAGGCCGAGCUUUCGGCAGCCUAGGAGAUUGCUACGACGCCCUCGGCGAUCCCGAAGAGGCGUCUAAGUGUCACGAGCAAUAUCUGGCUAUAGCCUUGAAACUAAAAAGUUCUAGAGAUCAAGAAAGAGCUUACAGAGGUCUAGGCCAGUCUCAAAGGUCUCUAAGUAAUCUGCAACAGGCUUUGGUGUGUUUGGAAAAAAGAUUGGUCGUUUCCCACGAACUCGGCAACCCAGAAGCUAAAGCGGCUGCGUACGGAGAGUUGGGUCAGCUGCACGCAACCUUGGGCAACUUGGAACAAGCGGUAUCCUGCUUGGAGCAUCAAAAAAAUAUCGCAAGAGAUCUGAAUGACAAAAUAAUGGAAUCGGAGGCUCUGUGCAAUCUUGGAACUGUAUAUCAACAAAUGGGAGAAUAUUCAACAGCUCUUAGAUACCAUCAAAAUGAUUUGGAGAUAGCCGAACAACUGGACAUGCCAACAUUGCAAAGCCGAGCCUGCGGGAACAUUGGAAACGUGUUCGAGGCUCUUGGUAGCUUGGACCAAGCUAUUCAAUAUCAAGAGCAACAUUUAUCUAUUGCAAUGAGCACGAACGACCAAAUAGCCAAAACUGUGGCCUAUAGUUCCUUAGGCAGAGUCCAUCAACUUCUAGGGAAUCGAUCUCAAGCGGUAGCCUACUUAACCCAAGGUCUUUGCAUCGCUGAAGCACUCGGUAGAAGGGAUGAAGAGGCGAAAAUAAGAAACAGAUUAGGUUUGGCUCUCUACUCGAACGGUGACUUGGAAGGCGCGCAGAAACAACUUGAAGCCGCCACGCAACUUCUGGAAAGCAUAAGGAGAGAGACGAGGAAUAGUGCGGAUUAUAAGUUGUCUUUAUUUGAGCUGCAGUCAUCGAGUUACCAAGUGCUGCAGAGAGUCUUAGUUUCUCUGAAUAGGACGGACGAGGCGUUGGUAAUUGCGGAAAGGGGUCGAAAUCGAGCAUUCGUAGAUCUUCUUCUGGAAAGGCAGGGGUUGCACGAGCACAAAACGAAAGGCAAAAGUAAGAGCAUGGAUAUGUUCAACAUCAGCACGUUGGAGAAUUUGAAAGACAUCGUGAAUAGGCAAAGGGCAGCCACGUUGUACUAUAGCGUAGCGGCAGGUUUUCUGUACGCGUGGUUGAUUCUACCAUCCAAGGGGGUUGUCAAGUUUCACUCGGCUCCGCUGAUGGAAUUUCAAGAAUCUUCAGACACUUGUGACAACACAGACCCUAUUCCCAGUGGGACCGGCGUGUUGGAAAAAUUGGUCAACUCCGUUAGGGAUAGUUUAGGACUUGAAUUGUCGCCGUGCACUACCAUCAACGAAGAUCAGUCUAUGGACGACAAUCUAUCUGAGAGGACCGGGUUUCUUCGCAUGGUCAACAGGCAGCAUCUAAUGAACACCAGCAACUACUCAUUGAGCUCUCUGUUUUCACUUGGGAGUGUUGGAGGAUCUAUAGCUUCCCUCCAGGGCAGCACGAGAUCCAGUACAAGUGCCCAGGGAUCCACUAGGGUCAGCCGGAGACAAGCUUGGAAAGGUCCUUCUUGCCUUCACGCACUAUACACGUUACUGUUACAACCUUUUGAGGAGUUUUUACCAAGUAAAACCUCAAAAAGCGGCGCCAACCGGAGGGAGUUGAUCUUGGUCUUAGAAGGAGACCUCUACUUGGUACCUUUCCCAGUGCUGCGAUCGUCGAACGACAAUUCCGAAUACCUAUGCGAGAGAUUCUCCUUGCUGGUAGUGCCGAAUUUGAUGUCGCUCAAAUCUGGCAGGACCAGGAAACAGGGCACGGAUCAAGCGGUUCGCAGCCUUAUAGUUGGCAACCCCAAACUGCCCUUAUCCAUUACCGAAAACUAUGGCUGGAAAGAUAUUCCUCAGGCCGAAAACGAAGCUACGAUGGUUGCCGAAUUGUUACAGACGCAAGUCUUGCUGGGAAGUUGCGCAACCAAGGAGCAAGUUUUGACGCAAAUCCAAGAAGCCGAGUGUGUACACUUCGCCACCCACGUGUCUUGGAAGCUCUCCAGCCUUGUACUGAGCCCGACCGAAGUUCUUGACCAGAGCCAAUCGAAACGACUUUACAUCGCUGACAAUGCGGAUGAAGCGGAGCACAGCGAAGUAUCUCUGAGUGGGGAGUUGCCACCUUUAUCGGAGUUUUUGCUGAGCGCUGCCGACAUAUUAUCAAUGAAGCUGUCAGCCCGACUAAUUGUAGUCAGUUCGUCACACACUAGGGAUCAACAAGGUUGGGCUACCUCAGAUGGUCUCGUUGCGUUGGUUCGGGCGCUCUUGGCGGCGGGAGCCCAAGCGGUAUUGGUUUCGCUAUGGCCCGUGCCGGAUACCGCGACAAAGAUCCUUUUGAGGGCUUUCUAUUCGGCAAUGCUUCAAGGCACCAGAGCCGCGAAGGCUCUGUCGGAAGCCAUGCAAACAGUGCAACAUACCAAACAUUUUGCUCACCCGGCAAAUUGGGCCGGAUUUGUCUUGAUCGGCGUGAACGUUAGGUUAUCCAAUAAAGUUGCCCUGAUGGGGCAGGCCCUGUGCGAAAUGCUUCAGGCUCCGGAAAAGUGCAGGGACGCGUUGAGGGUUACUUUGCAUCUAGUCGAGAAGAGCUUGCAGAGAAUACACAGAGGGCAGAAGAACGCGAUGUAUACGACCCAGAAGUCCAUUGAAAAUAAGGUCGGUUCUGCCACUGGAUGGAAGGAGCUUCUGAUGUCGGUGGGAUUUAGAUUCGAGCCUGCAUCAAACGGUAUACCUAGCAGCGUCUUCUUCCCCCAAUCAGAUCCAGAUGAACGAUUGACUCAGUGCUCCGCCAGCUUGCAAGCUUUGUUAGGCAUAUCGAGUACAUCAAUCCAAGCAUUGUCCAAGCUAACCACCAACCCGGAAGUAGCCGACGACAUCAUUUCCGUGAUCCAGUCCGCCCUCACUCAAUUCUCUUCGAAAAUUUCCGAGGCCGAUAACGUGGAGGUUGCUCUAAACGUCAGACUGUGGAGAGUGCCGGGAUGUCACGAACUUCUCGCCUCACUAGGUUUCGACCUCACCGACGUUGGUCAAGAUAAAGUCACCCUGAGGACUGGCAAACAAGCAAACAAAAGAAAUGUCCAGUUCACUUUGCAGGCUCUACUGGCUCUCUUCGAUACCCAAGAAGCACCGAAAAGCCUCACGAUAGACUCGUCCAGCAGCCUGGAAUCUCUUGCUUCCAUAGAUAACGACUUCUCUCAUUCCGACAACGAACUGUGUUCCACACCCAAACCUACGGUGCCGCCUUUCGCCGCGACGAUGCUGCCUCAAAAGCGAUUGGGUGGGGCGUUCACGUCUUACGUGAGGAGAAGGGGAGAACCCGACGGAAGGACCGCCAAUCCGGCCGAUGCGCCCGCCAAAACCGUCCCCGAUGUAAAACCAAGGAAAGCGGCGACACUAGCUCGACCCGGUGGCGGCGAAUCCGACGCCGCGUUUACACCCAGCCCACCCGUCGUGAUGCAAUCCGAACACCAGAAUAUCGCGUUGUCUUUGGCACACCAGACUAGGAUAAGGAACCUCUACUCGCAAACGGACGUUAAGGCCGACGCCGUACGACCGGACAGCUCCAGCUCAGCUAGCUCGGCCACCGACUGGGAAAGCGGUCACGCUACUGUGCUGAGACGCCAAACCCAGAGCCAAUUGCCACCUCUACCACCACCUAGAGCUUCCAAGCCUCUGGCAGAUCUCCCGCUUUACAACAAUCUUCCCGCUGGGAUGUUCGAGAACAGUUCGGAUAGCGAGCUGGAGAAAAUGGAAGCAAAAUUGUUCAGUUCGAGUCAGCGGAACAAAAUUACUUAUAAAAAGUCGCGGAACGCUCUGUGCGCGAUCGAUAGGCUGAGCGUCAGGACCGAGAUGACGCACGCGCAGACUCUACACGGAGCCGCUCCCAACGCGUCGCGUAAACCGAUAACGUUGCCCAGCGAGGAAACCUUGCCGUCCAAUGAACGGUUGUUGUACUUCUCGCCGAACGAAUCGGACGCGUCGGCCACCCUCUCGUCGCUCGUUUCCAUGGCGACGGGCGGCGCGGGAGGCGUGCUCAGUGAGAGUGAAGACUCCGAAUUGGCCGGGAUUAAGGGCGACGCGAAGGCGGGCAACUCCACCGCGUUACACGAUACGAUAUUGGCCACGCAGCUGCGACACAUCAAUAGAGAACUAACGCCCACUAUUUCGGAGGUGUAUCACGAAAGGAAUAUCGGAUUGGGAUUGGCUCCCCCCCUGUCGAAGCUACUUUUAAACCAACCCAAUAGCUCGGCGCCGAAAACUGACAGUACCGUAUUGGAGAAAAUUUCUUUGGGCAUUCUAGACGACGAAGAUAUCGGAAACGAAGUAAACCAUCAAUGCCAGCGAUGCAAGACGGAAUCGUGCAGCUGUCAAAAAGGGAAAACUAGCAAGCCGUGGUUAACGGAGAGUUCGAGCUCCCUACAACAGAUCCAGAGCUCGGACCUAACCACGGCGGACAUUCUCGAAAGGGAGGUAAAGAACAAAAAAGGGAUCAGGCUAGAUCAGAGGCAGAAAGGGGCAGCAGAUCCCAAGAGACUGUCGCCAUUUUCCGAGAUGUCGCGCAGAGACGAAGGAGAUGGACGGAGCAUAGCGGAUUCGACGUCGUCCAGUUACAAAAACACGCAGUUUUUGACGUAUCACGGGGUGGGGGACAAAACAAAAUCGAAGCCUAGUGCUAAGGUUAGGACUAUACCCAAACAGGGACGAAACGCCCAGAAAUAAGAUGCGUGGGAGGAAAAGUAAAGCAAAAUAACUUCGAUCGCUAAAUAAGAUCGUUAAAAUUAGGUUACAGUGAAUAUUUAUUAGUUAUGUUGUUGGUGAUGAUAUUUUAUAUUGCAUGUUGUGGACAUUGACAGACGCGCCGUGCAUAAAUGCCCAAUUCCUUUCAUAUAUGACGCUUUAAAGUGCAAAAUAUAGUGUAGCUAUUUAUUUCGCUGACCGA